UAUAUUCCAAAUUCCAGAUAUCAGGAAGAAAUGGGCGGCAGGAGAAUGGUGAAAUUCCUUCACCUGGUCAUUAAUGGAAGACAGAUCUAUAUUCUCUCUGCCAACGGCGGUCCAACUCUACUUAGAAAGAACUACAGUAAAAUAAUCCUGGUUUUCUUCAUCAUCCUCUCCUUUCAUUUUCGUCGCCAUACCGAGCCAAAUCUGGAAUAUAUGCGCCGCUGACGGAAGGCGGAAGAAAACAAGAGAGCCAGUCUCAGUUGCCACGUGUAGUUUUCUCUUCCCCAAUGCUUGUGUGUCAAUUAUAGAUCCUGAUGAAGAAAUGGAGAGAUUUUGAUAAUCUCGAUUGAAAAGCGUGAGAGUUUAUACGGUUUUGGUAGCAGAAUAGAAUAGAGACCGGUUUUUGUGAUCUUGGUUUUAGCUCGAUUGGUGUUUUGUAAGCCCUUCUUGUAGCUAAAUUUGUUGUACAAUUUUGUGUGAAAUUUUCUUGUUGAGGUGAAUUAUAUUGGGGCUUUUGCGUUGGAAAUGAGCGAGAAUGAUGGGGACGAGGGGGUUGUUUUUGAGAUAGCAAUUGUUCUUCCUAAAUGGGGUGAGAUCAAAGGGGGGGAUGCGAGUGAUGAUAUUACUGAUUGUGUUGAGGUUCUUGUUGCCGAGCUAAGAAAGAAAGGGCUGAUUGUGGAAAGAGUUCUUGGCCUUCAAAAUGAAUUCGUCAAGCUGGCAGCUCCAAUGGAGAUUUUGGGAAAGGCUGCAGCAGAGUUGCAAAUUAGAAAACGGACUUACAUAGGAAUGGAAUUUCCAUUCCAAUGGGAUGAGGCUGAAGCUUUUGUUAGACUCCCAGAUGGUUCUUUGUUCAGUUGGUGCGAACGUUUCCUUUGCUACAAGCACCUAAUAAAUGGGAUUGUCAACAAUGAGAAAUCUGUUGUACUGAAAUUUGAUAGUAAAGAGGUUGAUUGGAAGCCAGGGGAGCUUCUAAUCCGGAAAUUGGAAUCAAUAGGCAUUGUCAAAGAAGUAUUUCCAUUGAAUGAUGAAAAGAAGAGGAAGCAGCUUCUUAGAAGUUGGGCUAUGAACUGGUCGGAUUUCACGUCGCAGCCAAUCGAUGAUAUUUGCUCGUAUUAUGGCAUCAAGAUUGCAACCUAUUUUGCUUUCCUUGGAAUGUAUACGAAGUGGAUGUUUUUCCCUGCAUUGUUAGGGCUCACAGUGCAUUUGAUUGAUUUCGGAUCAUUUCAACUGCUUGUCCUCCCUAUUUUCUUCAUAUGCCUCAUAUCAUGGGCUGUCUUGUUUUUCCAAUUCUGGAAACGAAAGAACUCAGCCUUAUCAGCUAGGUUGCAGAUAUAUUGCUCGGUUGGUGUGGAAUCUGAAUACAAAUCUUUGCAGACAGAACAGAAAACAUGGGAUUCUCCCACCGAACUCAUGAAGAAACAAAACACAGACAGACUGAAAGAAAAAGCAUUUUUCCAAAAAGAAGAGUGGUUUGGAUGGCUAAUGAGAUUAAGAAAUGACAGUUUCAUCAUACUGAGCAUUAUAUGUCUUCAGCUACCUUUCGAAUUGGCUUAUGCGCAUCUUUACGAGGUUUUAGGUUCUGAUCUUUCGAAGUUCUUUCUGACGGCAGUUUACCUCAUAGCUAUUCAAUACUUCACAAGAAUUGGCGGCAAGAUCUCAGUGAAGCUUAUUAAAUACGAAAAGAAUGAAAAUUUGGAGUACCGAGCAAACAGUUUAGUAUACAAGGUUUUUGGCCUUUACUUCAUGCAGUCGUACAUAGGGAUCUUUUAUCAUGCUCUACUUCAUCGGAAUAUCAAGACCCUCAGGCAAGUUUUGAUCCAACGUCUGGUAAUAUACGAGGUGAUCGAAAAUCUGCUGGAGAAUUCUAUACCUUAUAUAUCAUACAGCUUCAAGAAAUUUAGAACUGUCCGGAACAAGCGAAAGAGGGAACACGAGUCAUCAAGGGACAAGCCUCAUCCCAUCCCAAGGGUAGAGAAAGAUUAUCUUAAACAUUCUUAUGCUGCAAGUAUUGGCAAGGAAAUUGAAGAUGGACUUUUUGACGAUUUCCUGGAGUUGGUAUUGCAAUUCGGGAUGAUCAUGAUGUUUGCUUGCGCGUUCCCUCUAGCAUUUGCGUUUGUAGUAGUGAGUAACUUAACGGAGAUCAGAACAGACGCCCUUAAACUACUCGCAAUGAUGAGAAGGCCGAUACCUCGUUCAGAUGCAACGAUUGGAGCAUGGCAGAAUAUUUUCCAGUUUCUCAUAGUGAUGUCGAUUUGCACAAAUAGCGCGCUCCUCGUAUGUUUGUACGAUCAGGAAGGGAACUGGAGUUUGUCUCCCGGGCUUGCCGGGAUCCUCAUCAUGGAACACGUGCUUUUGUUCAUUAAAUUUGGAUUCUCUCGGCUUGUUCCUGAGGAACCGGCAUGGGUAAGAGCUGCUCGGAUGAAGGAAGCUACUGAAGCAGAAAAGAUGUGUUGCAAACAACUCCUGAGGAGUAUUUCAGGCGACGAAAAGAUUCCCCGCGAAACUAAAAAGAACGAUUAGGUAAAUUUUUCUUGAGCUUUGCACUACAUAAUGGGUUCAUCGGAACACUUUCUUGGCCUUAUAAGAAUAUCUGCACUAGCUGGAAAUGGUAAAAAAUCUUCUCGCAUCUGUGUAGGAUUGUGUUGUUUGUUGUGUCUCGACUCGGGUAUUGCUGUAAAGGUUUUUUAGGAUAAAAGGAUGAUAAGAUUUCUAGCUAUUCUUUGAGCUGAGACUAAGAGUGAAAUAUGAUUUGCAUACAGUUGUUGAUAUGUGCAUAAAAAUGUCAAAAGAUUGUGUACAUUAUUCUUGGAUUCUGAUCAAUGGUUCGGAUCUUAGCCGUACGAAGCUUUGCUUUUAGUCGGCAGAUCUGAACCGCUGGCUGACCUGGCGGGCGUAGGCGGCAACUGCCUUAGCCCAUCUUCGGAUCCCAUUUUUGACCUUUUGGGAAUCCAAGUGUUUGAGAGAUUUCACGGCCGGGUCGAUGGUGAAGGACAAGCACCCGGUCGAAUAUGAGUGCCUUGUUGCUUUGUUGGUGUCGUAGUAAUUCGAAUCGAAUUCUUCCUUCAAGGAUUUGGAUUUGGAAUUGGCUGUAGAAUUCUUCUCCAUCAAAAUCUUGCACUUCUUAGUAACGUUGUGUGUUUGUUUAUAUAUAGAAUUUUACCAAGGGAAUAUUAUUGGUUUGGUGGCGUGCAAGAACGUGCUGCUACAAUGAA